GGGUGUCCGGUGAUACAAUAAAGCGAGGGGACGGUUUUUUUCGGAAGUUCUGUGAGCUGCGUCCAGCGGAGAAAGUCGUUUACUACGGAGCUGUAGCAGCGCUUUUCUGUUUCGGGAGCUGGCAGGAUGAGGGUGUUGCUAGUGUGUCUCCUAGCCUGUCUGCACAUCGUGCACAGCCAGACUUACCCAUUUUUACGUCACAAUGGAGUAACUUUUCAAAACAACUCGUUCAUCGACAGGGGGAUUGUCAGUGUGGCUGAUAAGCUCGAGUGUGUCACAAACCACAGUCCCUGCUGUGUGGGGAGUGAUGGAGGGUGGACGGACCCAGCUGAGGUGGCCAUUCAGGAGGGACCUGCAGGAACUAUUCCGUUCUACGUGACUAGGACUGCAGGAGGAACCAUCGACCUCAACAGACUGGCUGUGUCAAAUGGCCAGGAGCAGCUGUCUGGAAUGUAUGAAUGUGAGAUCCCAGGCUCUGGUGGAACUCCUGAAAUGAUGUUCAUCUACCUUGGAAAUCAGAGUACUGGUCAACUGGCGUCAGCAGUUGUGUCCUUCACUGAGCUGUUGAGUGAAGUGAAUGAAGAGCCAGAGUUUGUCCUGACGUGUCGCAGUGAGGGUGGACCAGCCACCACUGUCCAGUGGACCAGAGACUCCACCGCUAUCUCUGAUCCCUCCACUGUCCUCCUACUU